AUGGACGGAGCUCCUAGAGGUCGUGGCGCGAGAGGGCACGGUGCUAGAGGUCGUGGCGGCAGAGCUGGUGGUAGAGCUGGAGGCCGAGCAGGCCGAGGUCGUGGUCGUGGACUUCCGGAGGAGUCGGGAGAGAGUGUGGCACCGAGUGUGCAUACUGCGUCGGUGACCCAGUCAGUUCCGUUGGCGGGUGAUGCCAGUCUAUUGGCUCGUUUUCCGCCGGUGGUUCCACAGGGGGCUCCAGGAGUACCGCCAGUGGCAGAGGUGCAGCAUGUUGCUGCAGACGUUGCGCAGCCGGAGGCUGUGGGUGCGGGUGUGACCCGUUAUUUGGAGUUUAUGGGCCACAUGCAGAGGAUUGGUACGCCUUUCUUCGAGGGUAAGAGUUGGUCCGGAGGAGGCAGACGCGUGGCGUCAGAGAGUGGAGCGGAACUUUCAUUCGAUCCGUUGUCCUAUGGAGUACUGGGUGGAGUUAGCGGUCCACUAUUUGAGUGGCGAUGCUCAUUUGUGGUGGCAGGCCGCGGUGGGCCGGAGGGCAUUUUGGACUUGGGGCGACUUCCUUGUGGAGUUCAACGCCAAGUAUUUCCCGAGGCAGGCUCGUGA